AUGACUGAUGAUUCGUUCACAAAAGCCAUUCAAGAAUUAGAAAUUCUUUUCGCUCCAAAUGAUUUUUGUGAGAAAAAUAUUAGUCAUGGAAUGGAUAUUCUCGGUAAAGAACUGAAACAGAUCGAUGAUACAUAUGAGUCAUUUUCGAUCGAUCAAAAACGACGUCUUAUUAUACAAUUGAAAUCUUUCGAAAUAAAUCUAUUUCGUCGAUGGGCAUCUUCACUGUCAGAAUUAAGCCUAAGAAAUCUAAUUCAUUUUCUGCCGUGUCGAAUUAAUAUGGAUAUGUUAAUCAAUCGAGAUGUCAACGAUAGCUACUUUGAUUUAUCACUCAACUAUUUGACUACUGAAACAACUCUUGAUUAUCUCUCUGGAAAUCAACCGACUAAUUCGAUCGAUGAAGAGUUUUUGUUUUUCUUCUGUGCUAUUGGCCGUCAUGCAAUAUACAACAUGAAGUUUUUAUCAUAUUCGAUUAUUUCACUUAUAAAGACACCAACGUUUUUCCAAUAUAAUGAUAAGAAUGAACGUCUUCUACGUGGUUUACUAGCACAUAUAAAUCGAUGGAUUCGAAAUGGGUCACUAAGUGACGGUCAAUUAGAGGUCUUUUAUUGGAUUCAAAAUAUGAUCGAUAUUGUUCCAUUUGUGCCAUAUUUUGUUCAAACUGGCUACCCAUCUGUUAUUCUUCAAUGGUUAUCUAUCGAACAAAAUGAUAUAACAAUCAAUAUGGAAACUUGGACUACAGUUUUGAGUAUACUUGGCAAUCUAGCUCGUCAUGAAUUGGGUGUACAAGCAUUAAAUCAGCAUCAAGCUAUUCCAAUUCUAAAAACAUGGAAAGAUCGUUAUCUAUCUGAAUCAACACUGCCUAUUAAUGAAAAUGAUGACAAUGUUCUCACUAUAUUUUACAUGAUUUAUGCUCUGUUACUUGAUCCAGUCGUACUGAAACAGGAAGAUCUCACAUAUAUUCAUCUUGCGCUCAAUCAUAUUCUCGAUCAAACAAUUCAAGCAUUUGAAUCGAAUUAUUUUAAAUCUGGUUCACUCUCAACUGAAAUAUCAGAAUAUUUGACAGUAUUAACUAGAUUUGCUGUCAAUGACAAAUGUCUUCUGUAUAUUUUGAAGUAUGACCAUAUUUUUGAUUUAUUCGUACAAAAAUUUCUUGAUUAUAAUCAAUUAUUCCUAACCAAUACUGAUGUUGAUUCCACCGAUUUGAAUAUUCUGAUUUGCUCAUUACUCUAUAACAUAUUCUGGUCGAUUAGUUUUCAAUCAGAAUAUCAUGAUCUAUUAAAAUCAAACAUGAAAUUCGUUCAAUUCGUACAACAAAUUGCCAAAAUCAAGGGAAAUGAUGAAUAUAUUGUUCGUAUGAGAGAAUCAGCAAAUGGAAUUCUUUUUAAUCUCGAUCUAGUUGAACAGUUUAUUCUUCAAAAUCAAUCACAAAUCAAAAACGAUAUAGAUGGACUGAAAGUGAUGGUUUCAUAUUCGCAUAAAGAUAGUACAUUUUGUCGGAGUCUAGUCAACAUUCUACAAAAUCGUGUCAAAGGGGACAUAUGGGUUGAUUUCAUCAAACUAGAACCACCAUAUGAAGAUGACUGGGAAGAAAUAGCCGAAGCAAUCACUCGUUGUGAUGUUGUUGUCAUGAUUGUUACAGAAUAUUAUUGUGGUUCGAAAAGUUGUCGUCGAGAAGUGAUUCAUGCUGAUAAACGUAACAAGCAAAUGAUACCUAUUUAUCAAGGUAAACAAUAUCAACCAGAUGAUUGGUUUGAAAUUCGAGCUGGUUCAGCUACUUGGGUACGUUUUGGUGGUCAGAAAAGUGAUGAUGAAGUUAUCGAAACUCUUAUUGAAUUGAUUAAUGCCCAAGAAAAAGCUAAAAAACAGUCGAAUAAAAUAGCAAUGCAUCAAAAGCCUGAUCUAGGACACAAUCUCAUAGGUUCAUCUGUCAGCAACACUACUACGGCUGUCGAAGUUCUACCACUGCCACCACAUCCUCUCUCACCUCCUAACACCUCAUUACCAACAGUUAUCUCUAGAAAACCUAUUGAACAAUGGACUAAUGAAGAGGUACAGCAAUGGCUUCAUCUAUCUCCAUCAAUCCUUCAUUUAUCAUCUGGACAUGCUUUACUUGCUUACGCGAGUCUUAUGACACAUGAAGAAGCACAACACGAUGAAUAUGAGCAGAAUCUUCGCAAUCGUGGUUUGACUCGUGAACAAUUUGCCAAUUUGAUUUCUUCUCUGGUCAGUCUUCGAUCUUUGCACAAUGUGGAAUCAACAUCGGCAAAACCACCUGAACAGUGGACAAAAGAUGAAGUUAAAUAUUGGUUCGAACAAAAUCAUUUAUCGACUUAUCUCAUGGAGACAUUUGCCUUCGUCGAUGGAAUAGAACUUAUAACCUAUGCUAAAAUGCUCAUAGUAUCAUCGUUGCGUAUGGAUACUGAAUAUGAUCGAUUACGAACUCGAAUUGAGACAAGAUACAAUGGACAAGUUCUACUGCAAUUAGACGAAUAUACUCGGCUAGUAAGUGCGCUCAAAAAGCUUAUCGAACGUGCAAAACUAACAUUUCAACUGAACGAUGAUGCUGGAUCCUGCACUAUUGUAUAG